AUGAAUGGCUUCGAAUCUAAGGGCCUGGAUGAAGAUUCCUUCGGGCCUAAGUCCAGUUUGGCUGCCCUGAAGACCUUCGACGCCUUUCCCAAAACCAAAGCCGCCUACACAACCCCAACCCGCAGCGGCGGCCAAUGGACCGUCCUAAUCCUCAUAAUAUGCACGAUCUUCAGCUGGUCCGAGUUCAAAACCUGGUGGCGCGGCACAGAAAACUACCACUUCAGCGUUGAAAAAGGCGUCUCCCACGAACUCCAGCUAAACCUCGACAUGGUCGUCCACAUGCCCUGCGACCAACUCCGCGUAAACAUCCAAGACGCAGCAGGCGACCGCAUCCUAGCCGGCGACCUCCUCAAACGCGACGACACAAACUGGCUCCUCUGGAUGCAGAAACGCAACCACGAAACCAGCGACGGCAUCCACGAAUACCAAACCCUCUCCCACGAAGAAGCAGACCGUCUCGCGGAGCAAGAAGCAGACGCACAUGUCGGCCACGUCCUCGGCGAAGUGCGUCGUAACCCCCGUCGGAAAUUCGAGAGGGGUCCGCGUAUGCGUCGCGGCGUUGUCGCCGACGCUUGUCGCAUCUAUGGAAGUCUGGAGGGGAAUAAGGUGCAGGGAGACUUUCAUAUCACGGCGCGCGGACACGGAUAUCGCGAGAACGCGCCGCAUCUGGAUCACUCGUCUUUCGACUUCUCCCACAUGAUCACAGAACUCUCUUUCGGUCCGCAUUACCCGACCCUGCAGAACCCGCUUGACAAGACUAUCGCCGAGACAGAGGAGCACUACUACAAAUUCCAGUACUUCCUCUCCAUCGUGCCGACGCUGUACAGUCGCGGCAAGGGCGCGCUGGAUGCAUACACGCGCUCGCCGGAUGCUGCCGCAUCGCGGUAUGGACGCGACACGGUCUUCACGAACCAGUAUGCGGCGACGAGUCAGUCCAGCGCGAUUCCGGAGUCGCCGAUGGUUGUGCCGGGGAUCUUCUUCAAGUAUAAUAUUGAGCCGAUCCUGUUGCUGGUCAGCGAGGAGAGGGCGAGCUUUUUGUCGCUGCUGGUUAGGGUUAUCAAUACCAUUUCCGGUGUGCUUGUUACUGGUGGCUGGCUUUAUCAGAUUACUACUUGGGCGGGUGAGAUCUGGGGGCGGAGGAAGAAUAGGUCGUCCGAGGGUUAUUUGACGGGUAAGUCUUCUAUGGAUUGA